CACAGACAGCAGCAGCAGCAGCAGUGCUUCAGUGUGAGGCAGAGCACAGCGGGGAAACCUCCAUCUACUCUCACUGUCGGCUUGUUUUUAUCACCGCUGAGGAAACGCCUCGCUCCCUGACCUUACUGUCUCGGAAUUAUGCUGCGUGGGGAAGAAAUCUGAUCGGGCUCUUCGCAAACAUACAGAGGAGAUAAACGGAGAUCUGCGGUCUGCAGCACAACACAUCAUCUGAAAACAGGAGGAGAACCCAACGCCCUUCCCAGACCGACCAUGCAUACCUGCCUGGGUGGAUGUGCAAUGGAGAUCAAGGAUGCUUUUAUGGGUUUCCACAUGGACUGUUAACUCGUUGAGGCACCUCUCCUGUACAUGUUUUAUGGAUCGCUUUAUGGAAUCACAACCUGGUGUUUUUUCCCCUAAAUCUCAAAGUCAUCCCAAGUUGGAAGCUUAAUAACCAAUGAAUCGGAAGCCUGGAAGCCUCAAGCUGGUCUUCAGAUGCUUAUAGAGGCAAGCUUGCUAUGUGAUUUAUUGAGUAUUAUACAUUCAUCAUAAAAUGGGGAACGGUUUCUCCAACAUUGCAGCGUUCCAGUCCCUGCACAUCGUGAUGCUCGGAUUGGAUUCGGCUGGUAAAACCACUGUACUGUAUCGGUUAAAGUUCAACGAAUUCGUCAACACCGUACCCACCAUCGGCUUCAACACUGAGAAGAUCAAACUCAGCAAUGGCACCGCCAAAGGCAUCAGCUGUCACUUCUGGGACGUAGGCGGACAGGAGAAGUUAAGACCCUUGUGGAAAUCCUACAGCCGCUGCACGGACGGUAUUAUUUACGUGGUGGACUCUGUAGAUGUUGACCGUCUUGAGGAAGCCAAGACGGAACUGCAUAAAGUCACCAAAUUCGCAGAGAACCAAGGAACUCCUUUGCUGGUGAUCGCCAACAAGCAGGACCUUCCCAAAUCCCUCACAGUCACCGAGAUUGAGAAGCACCUGGCACUGCAUGAACUCAGUCCUUCCACUACAUACCACGUCCAACCGGCCUGCGCCAUCAUUGGCGAAGGUCUCCAUGAAGGAAUGGACAAACUAUAUGAGAUGAUCGUCAAACGAAGGAAAUCUCUUAAACAGAAGAAGAAACGAUAGACGAUCACAGACUUGUAAAGACAUUUUAAGGGAUAGUUCACCCAAAAAUGACAAUUCUGUCAACAUUUAUUUACCGUCAUGUUGUAUGACUUACUUACUUCUGUUUUUGUUCAUACAGUUAAAGUCAAUAGGGUUCAAGAUGAACAUUUGGACCCUACUGAAUUUCAUUGUGUGAGCAAGCAGACAUUUCCUUGUGAACUGUAGAAAAAAUAAUGUUGUACAAGUUUGGGACGAUUUGAAGUUGAGUAAAUGAUGACAGAAUUGUCCAUUUUGGGUAAACUAAAGACAUUGCCAUUAAAGACAUGACGGGUUUUGCCUUGCAGGAUUUGGUAACACUUUAUAGUAACUUUCAUUAAUAUCAAUCUCAAAAGAUCUGAAUAGUAUCUGAAUCAUUUAUGUUUGCAUAAAUGUUCAUAUAUGAAUCUACAUGAGCUCUUGAUCUGUUAAAGGUGACUAAAAUAAAAGAUGAAAAAUAAAAUAAUAUAAAAUAUUUGCAUUUUUGAAACAUAGCAACUUGACACCUGUUGGAAAACAAUCAUUAUUUUUGCGAUUGCUUGCGGUUGCACAGAAAUUAUACACUUUAAGCAAGUUUUAUUUUUGAAAGUUACUAUUAAGUGUUACUGAAGAUAAAAAAGUGCUAAAUAAUAUGCUUACAUAUAGAACCAAAAACCUAAAUAGCAAGAAAAUAUAGAACUAGUCAAUAAUUUAAAAUGCAUUAAAAUAAGAUUUAAAAAAAAAAUGGGCCGGACCCAUGUUGCUGCUUGAUAUUAACUUCUUAAAUAUCGAUAAUAAUCGUUAGCCUGUGCUUUGCAGAAACCCUAUACGAAGAGUACUUUUGUUUUGAAAUCAUUCCUUAAACUGAAUGCCACAUGCACCUGUAUGUACAUUUAAAUGAUUAAAAUGAUUAUUUUGUACAUUUAUGAUGCCCUUCUUGCAUAACUAGCAGCACAUUUACCUUUAAUUCUUGCUCCACCAGUGCAGUUUGUUUUCCUUUUUUCUUUCUUUCUGUCUUUCUUUUUAAAAUUCAGCACCCUGUAGGCCAUGACCUAUGGAAGCUUGUUUCCAUAACAGAAUAACAUGGACAAAUAAAUCAAUAAAACAGUAAUUCCACACUAUAUCUCACAAUUAGGACUUCUUCACAAUUCUGAGAGAAAAAAAAAAAGAGCCAGAACUGUGAGAUAUAAACUCAGAAUUAUGUUGGGAAGAGAUGGAAAAUCAGAAUUGUGAGAAGAAAAAAAGUCAAAACGAUCAGAUGGAAACUCAGAAUUCCAAGAUAUAAAACAAGAAUUCUGAGAAAACCUAAAUUGCAAGAUGUAAACCCAGAAUUCCAAGAUAUAAACUCAGGAUUCUGAGCAAAAGGUCAAAAUGGCAAGAUAGAAACUCAGAAUUCCGAGAUAUAAACUCAGAAUUCAGAGGAGAAAAAAAAGUAAAAAUUGCAAGAUGUAAACUUUAAAUUCUGAGAAGACUCAAAUUGCGAGAUAUAUCCUCAGCAUUCCGAGACCUAAACUCAGAAUUUUGAGAAAAAAAGUAAAAAAUUGCUAGAUCUAAACUUGGAAUUCCAAAAUAUAAACUCAGAACUCUGAGGAAAAAAAGUCAAAAUUCUGAGCUGUAAACUCAGAAUUCCAAGAUAUACAUUCCAAUAUAUAAACUCAGAAUUCUGAAGGAAAAAAAAAAAAAAAAAAAAAAAAAGCUGUAAACUCAGAAUUCCAAGAUCUAAACUCAGAAUUAUGAGAAAAAAGAAGUCAAAAUUGCAAGAAUUCCGAGAUAUAAAAUGAGAAUUCUGAGGAAGAAAAGUAAAAAUUGCAAGAUGUACUGUACAUUCAGAAUUCUGAGAAAACGGUCAAAAAAAUUAGAUUUAAAUUCAGAAUUCCAAGAUAUAAACUCAGAAUUCUAAAUAAAAAAAUGUCAAAAUUUUCGAGAUGUAAAUUUAGAAUUCUGAGGGAAAAAAGGCAGAAUUCUGAGCUGUAAACUCAGAAUUCCAAGAUAUAAACAAUAACAACAACAACAACAAAAGUACAAAAUUUCAAGAUGUGAUUUCAAAAUUCUGAGAUAUAAACUCAAAAUUCUGAGUAAAAAGAAGUCAAAAUUGCAAGAUGUAAAUUCAGAAUUCCGAGAUAUAAAAUGAGAAUUCUGAGGAAAAAAGUGAGAAUUCUGAGACCGUAAACUCAGAAUUCCAAUAUAUAAACUCAGAGAUAUAAACUCAGAAUUCCGAGGAAGAAAAGUAAAAAUUGCAAGAUGUACAUUCAGAAUACCGAAAUAUAAACUCAGAAUUCUGAGUAAAAAAUGUCAAUUUUCGAGAUGUAAAUUUAGAAUUCUAAGAAAAAAGUCAAAAUGUGAGAUAUAAACUCAGAAUUUGGAGAUAUAAACUCUGAGAUAUAAAAGAAAAAAAAAAAAAAUUUAAAAGUGUAAAGAUGUAAUUUCAGAACUCUGAGCUAUAAACUCGGAAAAAAAGUCAAAAUUGUGAGUUGUAAACUCAGAAUUCAAAGAUAUAAACUCUGAAAUAUAAACUCGGAAUUCCAAGAAGAAAGUAACAAUAGCAAGAUGUAAAUUCAGAAUUGUGAGAUGUAAACUCGUAAUUGUGAGAGUUUAUUUCUCGAAAUUCUUUUAUUCUCGGUAUUGCAAGGGAAGAGGGUCUGAAUUGUGAGUAUAAAAUUCAGCAAAUGACCUGUUUUAUUUAUUUUUUCCCAUGGCUAAACUGGUCUCCCAUAAUGACCAGAUACAUUUGUUUUGCUUAAAUGCUACUUUGAACUACAAUCAGAGAUUGUUGUAUCAUGGAACCAUGUAGUAAAAUGAAGACUGUUUAUGACAUGAUGCCAAAAAUAAUCAAAAUAAAUGAUAUUGAAAUAUA